AUGGCUCUCUGCAACUUGUGGAGUAGUGUUUCUGUUUUUUUGUAUCUUAUAAUCCCUUUUGCAAUUGCAGCUCCAUUGCAUUUCAACUUUUCCACUAUCGAACGCAAGGACACGGACAGAAUAAAUGUCACAGGCGAUGCGUAUAUCUCUACUGAAGGCCUUCAGGUCACGACGGACGAAAGCAAUAAGGUAAAUGGACAGAGCAAAGGCCGUGCCACUUAUAUAGAACCAUUGCACCUCUGGGACAAAGCUUCAGGUAACCUGACAGAUUUCUAUACUCAUUUCUCCUUUGUUAUUGAUGCCAGUGAAAGUGCUUGCCCUGGGACUGGGGGGGAUGGACUCGCCUUUUUCUUGGCUCCUGUCGGUUCAAGCAUACCUAAUAAUUCGGCCGGUGGUGCCCUUGGCCUUGGCCCUGGCAUUGGCCUUGUCCCUGGCGAUGACCUUCCUUACCAUAACCCCACGGCAAAGUUAUCUGGAGAUCCUUUUGUGGCAGUGGAGUUCGAUACUUUUUCAAAUGACUGGGAUCCCCCCAUUGCACAUGUAGGUAUUGACUUCAAAUCACUGAUUUCCGAUACCACUGUCAAAUGGUCAAACAACAUGACUGAGGGGAAGGAAAACCAUGCUUCGAUUAGUUAUAAUUCCACCUCGAAAAAUCUUAGUGUAAUCUUCACAGGUUACGAGGGAAAUCUGACCCAAAAUGGUCGCCUCGACUAUACUGUAGAUUUGAGAAAAGACUUACCUGAGUGGGUGAUUGUUGGCUUCUCAGCAGCUACAGGGUCUUGCUUUGAGAAACAUAACGUUAAGUCCUGGGAGUUCAAUUCAACUUUAGAAAUGGUAACCAAUAAUCAAGGUCCUAAUUAUACCGAUCCUUCAAUGGUGCCAAACAUUUACCCAGAGAACCUUGGGGGAAAGACAAUAAAGGGAGGAUUAGUAAUUGGUUUGGUUGUUGGUCUGUCUGUUUUGGUCCUUGUUUUGGUUUUGAUUGGUAAGAGUUUAUGGAGGAACAAAAAUAGGAAGGGAAAAAUUGAUGAACUUUCCUUAGAUAUGACGAUGGACGUGGAAUUUGAAAGGGACUGUGGACCUAAGAAGUUUUCAUAUGUAGAAUUGGUACGUGCAACGGAUAAUUUUGCUGACGAAAAAAUGCUUGGAGAAGGAGGAUUUGGCGGGGUUUAUCUAGGAUUUUUGAGAGAUUCAAAUUCAUACAUAGCUGUGAAGAGAGUGUCGAAGGAUUCGAAACAAGGGCCAAGGGAGUACGCAUCAGAAGUGAAGAUUAUCAGCCGAUUAAGGCACAGAAAUCUCGUACAACUUCUUGGCACCAUGGGAUACAUGGCACCAGAAUGUGUAACCACUGGCAAGGCUAGCAAGGAAUCAGAUGUCUACAGCUUUGGCAUAGUUGCACUGGAGAUUGCAUGUGGAAGAAAACCCAUUGAUGUCAAGGCACAGGGAAAACGAAUAAGGAUGGUGGAGUGGGUUUGGGACCUCUACGGAACGGGGAACCUACUUGAAGCAGCUGAUCCAAAACUAUGUGCAGACUAUAACGAGCAGGAAAUCGAAUGCCUGAUGAUUGUUGGGCUUUGGUGUGCUCACCCUGAUUACAAUUUCCGGCCAUCAAUAAGGGAAGCGAUUCAUGUCCUGAAUUUUGACGCUCAAUUACCCCUACUCCCAUCAGAGUUGCCAGUCUUGACAUAUUAUGCUCCACCACAUUCGCUUGCAUCAUUGGUUUCACAAUCCAGUGGUGUCAAUCCAGUCCAGACUUCAAGCCGUAGUUACAGUUCUAAUGCCUUAAACUCCACAUCGUCUACUGAUGCUUCUCAAUCUGCAUCCCUUCUGCACACAGGUUAA